ACACUAUACAGUUGAUAAUUCAAUAUACUUUAUUUUUGACAAAACAUCCCAUGCUUUGGAUGUGACGGCACAGUUGAUUAAUGUGACUACUGAAAACAAGCAAAGAAAUUUAACUAACAUACUAAAACACUGUCCUAAAGUAUAAUUAAAUACUAAAAAUUUGCACUAAAAUGUUGUUUAUUUCCCCCAAAUAAAGUAUUAUGUGUACCCUUUUUUUCCACCUUAAACAAUAAUAUGUUUCAGUUGUGACUGUUACAGUAGUGAUCCCAACAACGUAAUUACUAAAGAAAAGAACCAUACUUGAAAUAUGCUCUGCAUUUAACCCAUCCAAGAGGACACACACAGACCCGGAGGGGUUCAGCGCCUUGCUCAAGGGUCUCCCCUCAGUAGUGGUAUUGAAGGUGGAGAGAAUACUGAUUAUUAACUCCCCCCACCUGCAAUACCUGCUGCACUAGGUAUUCGAAACUGUGACCUUCGGAUUUCAGGUCCAUCCCCUCUGUCUGCUCUAAAUACAUUCGAAAAUUGCACAGGAUUUUGAAUGGAUGGUAUGCACAUUGGGACAGACAUAAAAUAUCACAUUUCGUCACGUCACUUGCAUACCCUCUUUCUGAAGCAGUAUGUCCUCUUUCUGGAAUGCUAAUAUACUGCAUACUUGUCUGUGCGCAGCGCAGUACGUACUGUGGCACGCAAGCUAGCUGUGCAUGUGUGCUGGAGGGAGGGGGAUGGGUCAUUGAGUUCAUUCGCACUACAGCAAAUCCGCUGUGUCUCUCUUGCUCGCACUCACUUCUGGAAUAUGUGUCAGAUGGAUGGCGAGGCGAAAAACAAGAGCUUUUAAAACAUGGUGCAUACGGUACGCGCCUUCGCGCUUAGCUUGACCUUUCAUCAGGACAAAGGAAGUCGAUGAGCUUCUCCUGCCGUUUCCAGGUCAGCCGAGGAGACUCGCCGGUGCUCGAUAAGCGGAAUAAUACCGAGCGAAGCGAUGAAGCGCCGUGAAUGAUUAUGGCCGAUAGUCACCGAAGGGGCACGGACAGAGGCAGAGGCAGGAUGACAUCAGGAUACUCGCAGCAGUACGCUAGCGGCAAAGCGUCAGACAUACAGGAGCUGGCGUCCAAGCGAGUGGACAUCCAGAAGAAGCGCUUCUAUUUGGACGUGAAGCAGAGCACCCGCGGACGCUUCCUAAAGAUUGCCGAGGUGUGGAUCGGCCGAGGCCGGCACGAUAACAUCCGCAAGAGCAAGCUCACCCUUUCCAUGUCCAUGGCGCCCGAUUUGCGCUACUGCCUGGGUGACUUCAUCGAUUAUUACGCACACAUCGGGCUCCGAGGAUCAUGCCAGGCGCCGGCGGAGGCGCAGAGCAACGGCCAGGGACGUGCACCGGAGCCCCGCCGGAGAGCAGCGGAUCCGGCGGCGUCCCCCAGCGGCUCGGCCGCGUCCGAGGAGCAGACGCACCGCGUGCUGAAGAGCGAGUUCAUCGAGCGCGAUAACAGGAAGUACUACCUGGACCUGAAGGAAAAUCAGCGCGGCCGGUUCCUGCGUAUCCGGCAGACCGUCAACCGCGGACACGGCGGCAUGGGCUACUACGGCCAGGGCAUCGAGCAGACCAUCGUGCUGCCGGCGCAGGGCCUGAUCGAGUUCAGAGACGCCCUGUCGCAGUUAAUCGACGACUACGGCGACGACGAGCCCUGCGCGCGGAACCACGACGCGUCGCCCGAGCUGCCCGAGGCGGCGUCGUUCCGGGUCGACAACAAGCGCUUUUACUUUGACGUGGGCUCGAACCGCUUUGGCGUCUUCCUGAAAAUCAGCGAGGUCCGGCAGCCCUACCGGAACACGAUCACCGUCCCGCUGAAAGCCUGGGCGCGCUUUGGCGAGAACUUCAUGCGGUACGAGGAGGAGAUGCGACAUAUCUUCAGCUGUCAUAAAGAGAAACGGACAGAGGCGGAGGAGCAGGAGGAUUGACACACGCUGCCGCUUCAGAUGAUGACGAUGCUUCUGGUUUUAGUUGUACCUCCAGCCUCCUGCUGUACUUACCGUACACUUUACCGGGUGGCCCGUCCCGUUGAAGCCCACUACUGUUUAUUUCAAUCUAGACAGAAUCCUAGCGGCUCUGCUGGUGUUGCUCUGUGUGUGUGUGUGUGUGUGUGUGUGUGUGAGCGUGAGCGAGAGCGCGAGAUCGAGCGGGCGUGCGUUAGGAUUUGAUGUUAUUGCAUCCAUUACUUUUUCCCAGGCUUAACGUGUAUGAGGCUGCUGUGCAAUUUCACAAAGUUGGGAAUCAAGGUUUUAUCAAGCACUUAGAGAAUACUUGAUUAGUCCGCUUUAGUUUUAAUGUAUUCAAAUAGAAAUUUGUGGAACAUUGCUUAAAAAAAUUAAGCAACAUUACUCAAAAACUUCAGCGUAUCAUCAGUCUUUAACUAUUUAUUUUGAUGGUUCCACAACAUGCAACAAACGGACUAUACGAAACUUUGUAUGUCAACUACUUCUACUAACCCUAACCUAAAGUUGUCUAAAGGCCAUGUCGAAAUUACGAGAUGACGAGACGUGACAUUAUACUUUAUUUAAAUUAUGUGUUUCAACAUUAUCAAUGCCAAAGCCCUCAUUUGCUCUUGAAUGCGUUAUUGCAACUUGUAAACCCUGAGUUAUGGCUUGGUCUAGGGCUGGGCCAUAUAUCGCACGGUAUAUUCAUGUGCAUCUCAUCUGUAAAACAGGUUCUUCGAUUAGCUGUAAAUCUGGAACGGCGGUUAAUACACAGACCAUAGAUCACCGACAAGCUCCGCGAUAUCGCAUUCAGUUUCACGGGUGAUUAAUUUGCGACACUAAACACAAUAUUGCGUAGUUUGUCUGUGAGUUACAGCUAAUCGAAGAACCAGACUUACUGACAAGAACAUAUUUUUGUAAUAUAUCGCAUUAUAUAUUGCAUACGCAUAUCAUGCGAUAUAUUGCCCAGCUCUAGCUCGGAUCAGUGACGGUUGUACCACGUGACUUACCCCAAGUUCAUUUAGGCGCAGCUUCCGAGUCAGACACUACUGAAGGCUAUGAGUAAAAUGUUGUCAUCUUGGAAUUACGGUAAUUACAACAUGGCGAAUGCAGAUAGAAUGCAGCAGUCUAUCUAAUCAAGAGAACUACAAUGUUUUGGCAUUGCACAAAUAGUAUGUUCACCAUUAUAAAUUAGAAACCAAAAAGUGCAUUAAUAUUUACAUUAUUUAAAUGAAUUAAUACAUACAAUGUCUGGCCUGAUACCUAACGUGCUGCUUGAACUGUAAGGCUGAUGAUACAUACUACUUUUUGAGCAAUUUUGCUUGGCAACUUUAUUGCUUGGGCACUUUACUAUUGAGAAUGGGUUUAUAUUUGUCUCAUCUGGUUGCCCGUUGAUGCCAACAUUUCUCAAAAAGUUGCCCAGUCUGUCAUCAUCCUAAAGCAUCAAAUAUAUGACAUUGUGCAGCCAUGCUUUAGCAUAAAGGAAUGGGCGCACUUAGAUUAGCUUUUUUUCUUUUUAAGUUUUAAAUGUGGCUUUAAAUAAUAGUUUUUAUUGAAAUUCUUGAUAGGUGUGCAAUAUUGAAUUUUUCCUUUGUCAGUGGGUUUAAACGAGAACUGCGCAGAAGCAAAGUGGACUUGUUUUAAAAUAACAGAAUUUAGUUUAGAUUGUUUGCAGGGUUAUAUCGUCCUGCAUGAAAUGUUGAAAAUAAUCGUCAUACUGGAUUUACACAGACAUAAAAAUGUAUAAAUGCAUUUGACAUGGUGUCAUUCCUAUAAAAACAGUAGCUGUUUAAAAUGACAUAUGAUACGAAUAUUUUACUGCAUAACUAAGAGGUAAUCAUUUGUUUUUAAAUAGUCUUCAAAAAAAAAUAACAAGCAAUUUGCAGCAUCCCCAGAUGUCCUUCACCCCAAAUUCAUUGGAUUGUGGGAAAUGUUUUUUUGGCAUACAGUUUUAAAAUCUACACUGAAGUCGUGCGUACUAUGCACAGUAUGCAUUUUGCAUACUGAAUUUCAUUCAAAUAAAACUUAAGUAGAACUGUAUUACUAUGAAAAUAAAGAAUAUAUUAACUAGUUGCCUUUUACCUGGGGUUGUAGCAUUUAGAGGCAUGGACAUACGUUGUUUUCUCGUUAAAACACAACUAAUGAGUAUUUCCAGUUUAGGUCUGGCUCAAGUUGGCUUCUGUUUAUUUGUACUGUGAUUACUGUCCAGUUGACGGGAAAAGCAAUUAAUUUCGGCACUUCUUUUUCUCUGUGUGUGUGUGUGAGAGUGAGUAUUUAUGUUUCAGAAGAAUAUAACUAAAUUAUGGGUACAUUCUGUGGGUUAGUGUUGAGAUGCUUAUCUAUAACAGACACCUCCUACAGGAAGCACUUUAUUCAAACAGCACUUUGAGAUGCUUCAUCUACUUUACCACUGCAAAGAGAACCUUCAUUUGUGCCCCAUAUGAAAAGAGUGACAAUCAUGCUCCCAAACGAACACCUCAGCCUUUCAGAAGUGCAUUCAUCUGUUUGCCCUGUGCGCUUCUUGGUUCUUUUUGAUCAGAUUUGGUUGCAAUGUGUCAUUUCAAAAGUGUGAUUAGCAUAUCACUGACACAGAGGAUUGAGUCUGUGAUUGUAUCGUAUUGUAUUGUCUGCACACAAAUUUCUUACAAUAAGGGCUGCUAGAGGAUGUACUAGCAUUGGGUCAUAAUGAGUAGAAUGGAGAUUUCCUGUACUCGGAAGGUAGAAAGGGUGAAAAAGGUAGUAUUCUUUUUUUCUUCCAAAGGCGUCAGAAUAUUUAGAAAGUUACCUUUGUAUGGCAGCAACUGGUUGUCCUCUUUCACCUAAAAAGCAGUAUGUGUGUAAAGCUGGUGCAAAAUUAAUGAACCAUGUGCACUUUAAGAAUUUGAGUACAGGUUUGUUCCCAACAAAGAAAUGAGUAGAAAUAUGCUUGUUUUAUGUGUAAGUGCAAUGCAUGACCAGAAGAGAGCAGUGUUCGUAUAAUGUUUUUCUCGCUUUAUGUAUAGGUGGUAUACAGAUAUUGCUAUUGUACACAAUUUAUUGCCCUAAUGAAACGGUGUAUUUAAUUUUAAAAGAGUUAUUUGGAAGACUGAUGUCUAUUUUCCUGUAGUGUUAGAGGAAACAGCUAUGUCAAUUUCUAAGGCCAUCUCAAAAUGCGAUUAUAUUGCAGCUACUCUAAACACUUGAAUUCAUGAAAUUGGACUGUUAUGCAUAACAUGUACUGAAGUCGCAGUUUUCAACCCAUAGGCCUUAAAAUCAUUACAUUGUGGUUGUAAUGAUUGACUUUAGGGUUACGAAUUGUCGUUCCAGCGUAGUUUGCCUUCGUCUCCAAAAUGUUUUGUACGCAUGAUGUUAGAAAACAAAAGAACCGGGAAAUGGUGGUUUUUGAAUUUCAAAUUUUCAAAGUGACCUCAUGAAUAAAACGAACAAUAACACAAAGCAAAACAGAAAACUCUUUCAGUUCGGGAAACCUCAAAAUAUAACACUUCUGUAUAUGUUCUUGAUAGUGGUGUGGGUAAUGUGACGUUCUCAAAAAAGAAAAAAGAAAGGUUCACAAACUUUCUUGAGUUGUUCCUUUUUAUCUUUGUGUUGACCAUCUGCAGUUGGAUUUAAGACGUGUCAAUGUUUGUUAAAUGAUUUUAAAAGAUGGCAAAAUUUAAAAAUGUUUUUGGUGUAUCUUUAGAUAAUGUAAUGUAAUGUGUCCUCCUGUAGAGCCUUCAAAUAUUAUACAACUCAAAAACAAGAAAGAAAUGGUUCUGUCUAGUAGCGCUUUUUUUCAUGUGAGUACUGUAUUAGUUUCUGUUUAACAUGUAUGGUGCAGUAUGAAUAUUCCUGAUUUGCCUUGUAAUAUUUUAAAAAGGUUGAAAUAUGUAGGAUACAUAUCUGAUGAAAUACAAAGUUUUAAAUUUGACUUCGUGCAUGCCAACAGUAGGGUCCUGACAAAUUUCAAAUAUAUAUGAAAAAAUGGUGCUAUAUGAGAACAUAUAAAGGUGCUGAACUGGACCCUAGUUGCAUGUUUGUUGAAUGACAAUGGAAACAGUUGAGCAAACCCGAGGCCUUUCGGUCUCGAGAUUGAAGACAAGAUGCCCUUUCUCAAUGCGAGCGGUUUUGCGUAACUGUAAAUCAUGCACACUUCUGUUUGUGCAGUUGUGUGUGUGUGUGAGAGUGUGUGUGUGUGUGUGUGUGUGUGUGGAGGCUCCCUGCUCACAAGUCUGGCAUAAAUUUUCCAGUUAAGGUUGCUUUGAGCAGGAUGGCAUAAGAAAAGUGCACAAGCUGCAAAAACUGUCAGACGUGCAAUCAGGGAGCAACCCAUCCGCCAUGGCUGAUACUCAGUCUUUACACAGCACAUUAUAAAACUGGUAGGUGAGAACUUGAAUAGGUAGACGUCUCAUGGUGGAAAUCCUCACCAAAGUACAUGCUGAAAUGUGUGAUGCUUAUUUACAGUUACCCAUUAUUUGUGUGUAAAAGUUCCACAGACAAUCUAAUAAAGUACAACUUUUUUUAUGUUUAAAA